GAUGUAUAGCCGAAGGAUUGAAAGAACGGAUGGAAAGAGAAACUGUCAGUGUUUUUUUCAUUUGCCCUCAUCGUUUCUUUACUUAAYUGGUUGCUUUUUUUCUUGGACAAACCUACCAUUUAGUGAGUUGCAGUUAUAUUUCUAAAAGUCUGUAAAACGAUGAAAGUCUUUUAACCAGCCAUGAAAACGUGCUCUAUGACGUAAUGCAUGUGGUUGCCCGGUCCAUAAUCCCCUCUUUCUAUUACGUGUAUUUUGAUUGGAUGUCGCCAUGGCGUAGCCUGGUACACAACUCGUGAUUAUUCCGAUGAAUAUAUUACCGUAAUGUACAUUACAGCUGAAACAUUUGUUUUUGUCAAUUUUGGCCAAUAAUUUCACUGCAAAAAUGGCUUUCAUUGCAGCCAUGYUUGAACUUACUCAAUCAUGGUAGAUAAUAGUUAAAAUGGCAAAAGAAAUAUAUAAAAAUAACGAUGAAAGCAAAUCACAUCGAAACCCCAACUUGCUUUCGCACUACCACGAGUGUGCAUCAAGAGUGUUUUACAAUGGAGGAAGAGCAAACGAAUAUCUCCAAAAUCUGUUCCUGAAAGCGGCAAAGAAUGGCGAGAUCGAGAGAAUACGAUACUUUCUCAAGCGUUCCUCAAGAAAUAAUAAUGUAAAUGUAGAUUACAAAGACAAGAAGACAGGCAACACAGCGAUAUUUUUAGCAGCUCUAGGAAGCCAUGUAGAGGUAGUACAAUUACUGUUGAAUUACGGUGCUGAUAUAACUUUACUCAAUGAACAAGGACAGUCAGUGAUUGAACUGGCACCAGAAUCAAUACAGCACAUCCUUCUAGCCUCAGUUGAAAGACAAGGUGUUUCUCAUCGCCAUCUUUUACAAGCUGCAUGGCAGGGUAAUGUGGAUGUUCUAAAAAGACUGCUGUCUUCUCAGGCAGACCUUAAUGUGAAUUGCAAAAAUGCUGAUGGUAUGACGCCGCUACUGCUUGUAACACGUGAUGUUGAMUUGUUUGAAAAAAUUGAAAAAGAAGUAACCGAAAAAGGAUAUCAUCCUCUKGAGGUGUUGAAGGAGUUGUUGCAUCAUAAAGCGAAUGCUAGUAUUAAAAGCAGCGAUGGUGUUAGYGCACUUCAUUAUGUYGCAAAUAAUAAAGGCAAGAUUGCUGAAGAAAUGGCAAAUUUGAUCAUCGAGGAGCAAGAUAGCUGCUUAGAUGUACAAGAUGGGUUCAAUUGUUUACCAAUUCAUAUAGCGUCAAGAGAAGACAAUUAUCCUGUCCUGCUUGCUUUGAUAAAUGGUGGAGCUGAUGUCAAUGUGAARGGUUACAAUGGUCAAACACCUUUGCACAUGUCGGCAGCACAUGGUCAUGAAAGGAGUUCAAACGCUUUGAUUGACAAUGGUGCUGAUGUCACUGUAGUUGAUGAUUAUGGGUACUCACCAGUAGAUGUCGCCACUAGUAAACAAGUGCAUCGUUUUUUAAAAGAAGCUUGGGUUCAACAGACAAAGAAUAACUCCAARAACUUAAGAAAGAGGCGUUCCCUUUCAGCUCCAAACCAGAACUCCGAGAUCACUACAUGUACAGUAGAAGAAAAGCAAGCUCAGAUAACUUCACCAAAAGAAAARACACUCUCUCCUUGUAUAUGGGAUUUUUUUAAUGCAAUGUUUUUGUUGUUGAUUUCAGGUAAAUUAYCAUCAAAGCAACUUAAUUCAWCAAACAUAAAUAGCAGCAACAAUGGACAAUGUUCACAGUCCCAGCAGAAAACCCAAAAACCACUUGUGCGGAGCAAGUCAUUGUYAGUCAAACCAAGUCCACCAAGGUCCAGGAAGAAUGAGAUUUCCAGGCAACAAACAAAACAAGUUAGCUCACGAUGUCAUGAAUCAGCAAUGUUUACUCAAGAACGAAUUGAACUUCCCAAACUUUCAGUGAAGAACAUUGAACUGCAAUAUCCCAGUUCUCUACAGCCAGACUUCCCUUCAAUCACCAAUAUACAACGCAUGCGUCUCCUCAACCCAGGCCAUUCCAGRUCAUURCCAGGAACACCUUGCACRUUWAGUAAUUAUCGUAAUGGCAGUGCAAGAAGAAAUAUAGAGUUAUCCCCACAUACCACACGAAGGAACAGAAUACCAGCAAGAAUAGCACCUUUACCAGGUUCUGUAACACCAGAUCUAGCUCUGUCCAACCAUACACAGCGGUCAGGCAGUAGCUUUGGGUGUGUUGGGCAAGUUGUUGACUUAGAUUUGUUGCAAAAUGGUUCAGCUUGUCUGACUGCAUUGGCAAGACUUGCUAUUUCUGCUGAUGUAGUUGAUUUAAGAAGCCCUCCACAACCACCAUCCUCACCCUCUGAUGUAAGCAAACCAGAUGAUCAAGAAAUAUACGAAAGAGAAAUGCAAAGCAAUAGAAAUGAAUUACACCUUGCAAGUUUUUAUGAGGAUGACACUAGUAAUGAUAGUGAUCUGAGAAAAGAUARUGAAAAUGUKGAUGRAAAUGAAAGASAAGUAGCAGAAAAUGAAACRUCASCCCARUACCAAACACAAACUUUCUCUUUGCCUGAAAUCAAAGGUUUUUGGAUCCCAAACAUCAAAGACAAUGAAAAAGUUGAUGAUGCAUCUGCAAUACUUGCAAAAACCGACGAUGCAGAUAUGGAAAAAGGGACAAAUGAGAAAGACAAACAUGAAAAAACARAAAGACAAAGAACUGCAUCAACAUCGUCAUGCUCUUUUUAUGUUAAUUUGAAUGAUGUCGCAAGUGAUGGACAGUGUGUUUCUUGUAACCAUCACCUAAAUUCAACUUCAGAGUCAAACAUGUGCUCAGUUUGUGAGCAGAAACAACAAAACUCACAUCAAAAGACAUUCUGGAUUUCAAUAGAUGGAGACGAGACAAGUGAUGGAGAGGCAGAAACACCAAAUGUGACAAACAAAAUUUGCUAUUCUAAAGUAAAAAGUACAUGUACUGUUACCAGGAAGAMAAAAUCAUUGCCUUCAACUUUACAACCCUCAGUUCCUUCUCAUGUUAAACCAGCUUUUGAAUCAGAAGGAACCUUUACUAAGGAACCAAAAACAUCAAGUAUUAACAAUGGAGAGCUUGAAGUCCAGACCGAAGGACAAAACAUUGACAAAAACAGUGUGCAUAAUGAUUCCGAGGUAGAGUCAGAGAUUAAGUGUAAUAAUGAAGUAAAUGGACAUGUAUCAGCUCAGAACAAAGAGCAAUGUAAUGACAGAAAUGGACAUCUAAAUCUUGAUUCUGGACAAACUAGUCCUAGUAAUGAUGAGAAUAUAGGACUGCAGUCUGAAAGAACUUUUAUUAGUGAAUCUAGUGGUGAAGCUACAAAUAGCAAACAUGGAUCAAAUGAUAUUGCUUUUGAAAAGAAAACUAUGAAGCCUAAUGAUGAUAAGUGUGAUCAAACUGUUGACAGCUCUAUACAUGAUAACCUUACCAAUGACAGUGAAGGAAAGCAGAAGACAUGUAAAAUUGCUGACUCAAGCACAUUGAAUGGAUACGAUGUAAGCCUUGGGCAGUUGAAUGAGCAAGGUGUGCAUAACAGUCCUGUUGUAGAUAAUGUAGACAACACUAUUACUGGUAAAGUCAAUACGUUUAUUACAAGUCCUACCAUGUUAGACCAGGAAGACCCAAAUAAAGAAAACAAUACAGUAGAUAAGUCAUUCUGUACAGAUGACAAAAAUUUAUCUGAUGAAACACAAGGUAAAGAGACAACUUCAAUUACAAAUAAUCUUGGUUUAGACCUUGUUGAAGGACCCAAGACUGCCUGGUCACAAGAUGAUGGUGUGCAAAUAUGCAAUGCAUUCCCGUCACCUGUACCACCUAGUUGUGCUAAACCAGAUGUCCAACCUCCUAUUGGUGAAAAGACAACWAAAAGRAAGACCUCAGGCAAGAAGGCUAAAAAAGGGAGUACUGUAGAAACUAAAAAGUGUGCACCAACUAGGAAGAAAAGUGGGAAAGAACAAGUGAAAAAAGGGAAAAAGAAAGGGAAAAUGAAAAAACAAUCAUUUAAAGAAAUAACUGUAAACCAAUCAAGUGCUGAAGCAGCAUACAUACCAGAACCUGGGCCGUCAUGUGAUGUUUCCAUAGAAGUCCCAAGCCCAGAUGUUGACAAUGUGCCAACUUUGUCUAUUGAUUCAAGAACAUUUARUACCAAAGUUAUGAUGAAAAAUUUCCCUGUUUUAAGCCCCAUUCCUGAGUCACCYUACAGCAACACKUCUACCCCACGCUCSAUUGAAAUACACACUGCUAAGAAGUCAGCAUGUACMAAAUCCAACAAUGUAAAUAAUGUUAUCAAYAGUGAUAUUAUCAAUAGCAACUGUAGCAAAGAAGAGCCAGAUACUUCACUAAAGGAGAGCAGAGAUACUGAUACUACAAGCAAUGAUAACUAUGUAGAAGAGACUGAUGAUAAUCACAGUGAAAUAGAAAUCAAUACAGUUAGUGUACAAGAAACACAAAAGCCUGGUCAAGAAGAUGAUGAUGUUUAUGAUGAAGUUGAUGGAGGAAUACUAUCACAUGUAUUUGGCAUGUGUAUUCCCCGUCUGCAUACAACCAAUGAUGACUCAGAUCAAGAAGAGCUUGUGCAUAACAAUGAUGACAAACAUGAUGUUGAUAAGCCUGUYGAUGAUGAUGACAACCAUGAUGCCAAUGACAGACAUGAUGAUGAUAGUAGUAGUCGUACAGGUCACAAAGAGGAUGGUUUCGUAAUAGAUCAAAACAAAGACAGCGAUUAUGAAAUCAAUGAGGAUGUGGAAAACAUGCUUCAAGAAAUAUUACARAAUACUGAUGACAUGGUGGUUACUGCUUCACAAAAUCACCUGAAAAACACACCAGAACAGCGAUUAAACACCCAAAAUAACAGUCAGAUAGAUGAGGUUGAUGAUAGUGAUGAUGAUGAUGAGGAGGAGGAUAGUGAUGAUGAUGAUAAUGAUGAUGAUGACAGACUAGGUGAAAUGAUGAAUGUUGACAAUACUGGUUCUAAGGUACAAUUAGAAAGGCUGUACAAACAAAGAAACAAGAGAAUCAAACACCAGAGGACUAUAAAUUACAUCAAACAGAUGUCACAUGUCUCACAAGGCAGCCAAUCAGAUGAUCAGGAACAUGAAAAGUCAAGCGUCACUUCAUCAGAUGAUGUCUUCAUAGAUGAUGCAUUAUCUGACAAUGAUUCAUCUUACAUCAGCUGUGAUUCAACACCACGAUGUGUYUCUGACUGCUCAACYUUUGAAAGCAGUGACAGUGUUCUUAGUCCUCAAAAUUCCAGAGGUUCAACMCUUAACCAAGACACCCCCCGUGGGUCAGUUGAUAUAACAUCCCAUGAGCGUGCUUACAAGACAUCGCAGACCAGUAGCAGUGACAGCAGGUCUACAAUAAGUAACAACAGUGUUAUAUCAACACAAGGUUUCUUUGCUGUCAACUCCAGGCMUUUUGUACGAAGUCAAAUCAGURUUGGGAGUUUGUCAUCUGCAACAAGCUGUGGGGAGGARAUUCAGUGGCAGAAAGGAAGUAUCUUGGGUAAAGGAGGCUUUGGGACGGUUUGGCUUGGCUUAGUAAACACUGGUGAAAUGAUUGCAGUCAAACAGGUUGAACUGAGGUAA